AUGGAUACAGUCAUGCCAACCCGGGAGGCAGAAACCACAACAAUGAAUGACAAUUUUCAAUAUAUUCUUCCAAACUGCUAUAAGAAGAAUCUUAUCCUGGCUUUCCUGUCCCUCAUCAUUGCCCCGAUUGGUGUGGCAGGAAACGCAGUUGUGCUCUGGAUCCUGGGCUUCUGUGUCCGCAGGAAGGCCUUCUCCAUUUACAUUCUCAACCUGGCUGCAGCUGACUUUCUCUUCCUCUGCUUCCAGAUCAUAGACUCCCUGUGGAAAAUCAUUAACGUCUUCUAUUCCAACUCCAUCCCCGUUCCCACAUUCUUCAUGUUUGUGUCAACCUUUGCCUAUCUUGCAGGGCUAAGCAUGCUCAGUGCCAUGAGCAUUGAGCGCUGCAUGUCUGUCCUGUGGCCCAUUUGGUACCACUGCCGCCGCUGGAGACACACACCAGCUGUCAUGUGCGCCUUGCUUUGGGCCCUGUCGCUGUUGCUGAGCAUCCCGGAAGGGAAGUACUGUAGCUUCCUGGGUACAGAGUAUAACAAUUAUUGGUGUAAAACAUUAGAUUUCAUCACUUCCGCCUGGCUGAUGGUUUUAUUUGUCACCCUCUCAGGGUCCAGCCUAAUCCUGAUUGUCAGGAUCCUUUGUGGUUCACAGAAGAUGACACUGACGAGGCUGUGUGUGACCAUUGGGCUCACGGUUCUGGUCUUCCUCUCCUUUGGCUUGCCCUUUGGGAUCUACUGGUUCCUCUUAGUCUGGAUCUUGAGAUAUGAUGCUAUUCCUUGUGAAUCCUAUUGGGUUACAGUUGUUCUGUCCUGUGUUAACAGCUGCGCCAACCCCAUGAUUUACUUCUUUGUUGGCUCCUUUAGGCAGCGGCGGUGGAAGCAAAGAACCCUCAAGCUGGUUCUACAGAGGGCCAUGCAGGACACCCCUGACAAGGGUGACUCUGGAAGCAGGGUUUCAUCAGGAUACCUUGGAGAGUGA